AUGGCGAAUUUAUUAACACGCCAACAAGUAAUGGACACUAUUGCUGCUGCUGGUAUCCCAUUUGACAAAGAAGCUACAUUGGUCCAGUUAAGAGGUUUAUACGAUGAUGUAAUCGCUGGUCGUGCCGUGAACAGAAGUGAAGAAACAGAUGCAGAUGCUCAGCUGAACGUGUACAAUAAUGUGCCAGAGAUUGGUGAAAAUAAAUUAUCAGAAGAUGGUGAUCGACGUGAACGUGAGAGAAUGAUUGAAGAGGAGGAGUAUCUUGAUCGCAUGCUGGCAAUUGCUAGGAAGAAACGCGAGCUAGCUGAGUUGCAGCAAGAGAUUGGUCAAGUGGGCAGUCGCAAGUUUGAUUUAAGUAUGCUGACAGCAUUGAUCAAUAAAUUUGAGGGGUCUGAGUCACAGGAUAUUAAAAAGUGGGUUGCUGAGCUGGAGAAUGUGUUUGAAAUCCUUCAGUGUAAUGAUCGUGAAAAACUGAUUGCUGUUCGCCAUUUGGUUUGUGGUCACGCAAGACGAUUCAUUGACAUAAUUUCGGUGCGCUCAUAUGAGGACAUAAAAGCUGCAUUGUUAGAUGAGUUUCAAUGUAAAUUUUCGCUGCAAGAUAUCUUCAACCAAUUAAAAUCACGUUGCAUCAAAUCGGGAGAAACGCCACGCCAGUAUGUAACUGAAAUGCAAUAUAUUGCUAGUCGAGCCGAUAUUCCAGAGACCGAUUUAGUCGAUAUUAUAAUAGAAGGACUAAAUGAUAAAACGUCUACAGUAUCAAUGUUGUAUGGCGCGUCGUCUAUUCGGGAACUUAAAGUGUUGAUGGAACGAUACGAGAGAAAGAGGAAAACCAUAAAAACACAGAAAAGUAUUGCGUCAGAAGUCAAGCAAGAUGCAUGUACAGCUCCGAGACGACCACCAAAUUCGUGUUUCGUAUGUGCUGAGGUUGGGCAUACUCGCCAUAAUUGCCCUCGUCGUGGUGGAUCAAAUAAUUCAAAGGUGGCAGCUGCAGUUGGAGAUGAUGAGGAACCCGAACGAUGCCAGUUAGCUGAACGUUUAGCUCCUAAUAAUUUGGUAAGUAUUGCUUUCCAUCAAAGGGAGAAGUGCACUGACUUGAUUUCUUUCUUGGCUUUGUUUGACACGGGCAGUCCUAUCAGUUUCAUUAGAAGAUCAUGUGUGCCCGCAACGGUUGAAGUAAAUGUUGAUUGGAAACUAUCGUGCUACCGUGGAAUGGGUAAUAAGCGAUUGAAUGUAUGUGAUUCUGAGGCUGUGGUGCCGUUGUUGGUGGGGCGUGAUCUUUUGGGAAGGAUGGGAGUUGGUUUGUGUCAGAUAGAGACAAUUAGAUAUAAGAAAUAUGAUCUGUUGAAAAUGAAUGAUCAAAAUAAAAUUUCUAUAGCGGACAAUGUCAUAAGUGCCCUUCGACUUUUUGAUAUAUGUAAAUAUCCGUCAAGUAAUUCUGAGGCUGCUCCAAUCAUAGGAAAAGAAUAUAUUGUUUUAAAGGGUGUUGAGCCUGAAGUGAAUAUUCUGUUAGAUAUGAAGAGUUGCGAGGCUCGUAUUAUGGCAGGUUUAGAUGAGGUUUGUUUGGUGGAUUAUAAUGAUUUGUCUAAAAAUAUUAAAGUGAUUCUAGCUGUAAAUUUAACUGAGGAGUGUGAUGUCGGACAUCUAAUAAAUAUCGAUAUCCAAUUGAAUAAAGCAGAUGCAGAUAUUAUGCGUAACCUUAUUAAAACAAUGUAUGAGACUAGGGGCAAACUGGGGGUUGGUAAUUACUCAAUGGAAAUUAAACUAAAGAAUGAUACGCCAGUGUACAGUAAUCCAAGGAGAUUGUCCCUUAAAGAAAAAAUGGAGGUUGAAAGAACGAUUGAUGAUUUAUUAUGGCAAGGAAUAUACGACCCAGCAGUUCCCCAUAUGCGUCACCGAUAG